CCUCUCCCACCCCUGUCCCCUGUCCCAUUCAGCGCUGAGUAACUGUUCUUGGAAAUCGCCGGCGCUUUGUGUCUCUCACUCCCUGUCGAGCGCACUCGCCAUUGGCCGAGAGAGGAUGCCGGCUUCCCUCAUUGGGCGCCGGCCUCCCUCUCGCCUGGCUCCCCACACCCGUGGAAAUCCCCACCCCGCGAGUUAAAUAUUCCGAGCCGCUUACUUCUGCACUCCAGUCUGCGACGCGUCUCAGCCGGAGGGAACACGGGGACGGCCGCCAAGGAAAGACCCUUUUCGGUUUUGUUUGAAAGAAAGCAAGCCCACAGACAGCGAUGUGCCCUCGAAGCGAGUGAGAAGAAUACAAAAAAGUUCUUCGCUUUCCAAGGCACGGCGGAGGUUUUAAACUCCAGCGCCAAGAAUAAGACCCCCCCCCCCCCCUAGAAAAAGCGACGCUUUUGAAUUCUGCGAGGCAGACGCCGAAGACACAAAGGCAGCCAGGGAACAUGGUUUCUGCGGGACUGGAGAUACUCGGCCUGGGGCUGUGCAUCGUGGGCUCGCUGCUGGUGAUGGUGGCGUGCGGGCUGCCCAUGUGGAAGGUCUCGGCCUUCAUCGACAGCAACAUCGUGGUGGCCCAGACCAUCUGGGACGGGCUGUGGAUGACCUGCGUGGUGCAGAGCACGGGCCAGAUGCAGUGCAAGGUGCACGACUCCGUGCUGGCGCUCUCGCAGGACCUGCAGACGGCCCGCGCCCUCACCAUCAUCUCCUCGGUGAUGGGCGUGCUGGGGCUCAUGGUGACCAUCGCGGGCGCGCAGUGCACCAACUGCAUCAAGGGCGAGGAGGUGAAAGCUCGCGUAGUGAACGCCGGCGGGGUGAUCUACAUCAUCAGCGGCCUGUUCGUGCUGGUGCCCCUGUGCUGGAUGGCCAACAAAAUCAUCGUGGACUUCUACAACCCCGAGGUGCCCACGUCGCAGAAGCGAGAGAUCGGAGCCGCGCUGUACAUCGGCUGGGCGGCCACGGCUCUCCUGCUGAUCGGCGGGACUCUGCUCUGUUGCUCGUGUCCUCCGCCGGGGAGCUCUUCCUACUCGGUCAAAUACGCCCCUACAAAAAGAGCCACGCAGAACGGCGACUACGACAAGGGCAAUUACGUUUAGCUGCCCCCCAUCUCGCCCCGUGAAGGGCAGCUGUUGUGUUUUUAGCCAGCGGCACCUGUCGGUCUCUGGGCUGAUCGAAGACCUCACAUCGACUGCCAGCAGAGCCCCACUCUGGAAAUCACGCUUUUGCACAUGUGAUCCGACCAGUCCGAACUGGAAUCGGGACGAUUCGCUUUUUUUCCCCCCCAUCGACUUGUCAUGGAUCGCAAAUAAACGAAUCGGUGUGACCGAAUUUGUUUCGACAUAUCCAAGGAAACCGAGAGGAGGACACGACCAGUCGAACGCAUUUCUUCUAGGUACCCGGGUUCAGCCGCAGGCUCGACUGCGGAGCUUCUGUUAUGAAUUUGAAAGUAUAUAUUUUCUUUAGAUUUUAGUCGUAGCUCGUCGAUUUUCCUAAACCGUUGUACACCUUGUAACUCGGGAUUUGAUAGCCCUUGUGCAUUUGUAUCUGUAAAUGUUAUAUGAAAAGUGUAUUUCUGAAUAUUCUGUAACUGAACUGAACGUGAAGUGUGUGUUCCUGGAAGCGUGUUACUGUUGAUAAGAGGGGCUCACUGCCUUAAUACCGCUGUCCCCCAAAGACAUUUUUCCGUCAUUAUGUUUCACUGAAACUAAAUCCAGCAACUUCAAGUUGGGAACUUGAGAACAGUUAGUCGCUCAAGCGAAAUUCUAUGUCAUACAAAGCUGCCAGUUAAGGUCUGAAACUCAUAUUCAUUCCUCAGGUGCAUCAGUAACAGAGGGACGCGGCUGAUGUUUUUAGAAACAGCAGCGAGCUCAUAGCUUUGUCUCGCUCGUCCCUGGCUGCUUGUUCGUUGUUUUGGCUGCCUCCGAGCAGAAAUACUCUGUUUAAAGACAGAAAAACUAAACCACGUAACUCUCCUGUACAGCCAGUCCGGCUUUGUGUCGUGCGCAACUGUGUAACGUUUUUUUUUCAACCGCCUUUUCAUCUGAAAGCAUUUAUUUUUGUAUUUAAGAAAUGGUAAAAAGAAAUGCAUGUUUGAUCAAUUCAAGUGUGACGUGUAAAACAAAAAAAGUACAGAGAAAUAAACUGCUCUCAUGCUUGAGA